AUGUCUGGACGUGGAAAGGGAGGAAAAGCUAAGACCGGAGGAAAGGCCAAGUCUCGUUCAUCGAGAGCCGGACUCCAGUUCCCAGUCGGACGUCUUCAUCGUAUUCUCCGUAAAGGAAACUAUGCCCAACGUGUUGGAGCCGGAGCCCCGGUCUACUUGGCCGCUGUCCUCGAAUACCUUGCUGCUGAAGUGCUCGAGCUCGCUGGAAACGCUGCUCGUGACAACAAGAAGACUCGUAUCGCUCCACGCCAUCUCCAGCUCGCUGUUCGUAACGACGAGGAGUUGAACAAACUGUUGGCCGGAGUCACCAUCGCUCAAGGAGGAGUCCUUCCAAACAUCCAAGCUGUUCUCCUUCCAAAGAAGACUGCUGCUGACAAGGAAUAG